GCUGAAUCGAGCAGAUGAUAUGUAAAUAACACUUCACGACACGGUUUUGUAACAGUUAUAGAGGAUUAAUGACGGGAAAAAGACGAUGAGCGCAUUGUUUGAACUUCGACUCGGGGCCCGGCCAAGUGGAAUCGCCUGAAACUUUGCAGUAAUAUGAAGCCUGAGCUAACUCCACCUGCCCAGCUAGCGGCGACGUUUCCAGUUUUCUUCCGGUGGCGUUAGACGUUGAUCUAACGGUGAUUUUAGCAAGGGAGAUUUCAUUGAUCUGAACAUGAGACGGAGCCCAAGGAGACCCCUGAUCCUGAAAAGAAGAAAACUGCCGUUUCAGCAAAAUGAACCAACUCAAGCUGACAAGCUCACCCAGCCCUGUCCCCCAGGCCCAGGGGAGCCACCUAAACCAGCAGCCAGCCAGUGCUUUCCUCACAGUAUCCCCAUCAUGGAUCACCCUUCCAUGUCUGACACUCAGGUGGUUGUCAUCCCCAAAGAGGCAGACCUACAACGGAUCAUCGGCAUGCUCACUGCAAAGGGCAAAGAGAGUGGCGUCCAAGGCCCCAACAAGUUCAUCCUUCUCAGUGAGAGUGGCAGCAGGGGUAACGGGUCUUUGUGUCAGGCUGCUGUCAAAGAGGAGUCAUCUUCUGCGGAGAGGGCAGCCGAACAGCCAGUGAAAUCACAGACUGUCCAUGUUUUGCCAGAUGCUAAACCUCUCACCGGGAUUCAGACGCAUUCAGGUUGCAGUCCUCUGGAUGACAGCCUCACCAACAUCCAGUGGCUGGGCAAAAUGAACACAAGUGCCUUGGAGCCACAUCUUGCAAAUCAGAUUGCUGACACGAAGAAAAGGCCUCAAGAACCCCAGAAUGUACAGGCCCACGGCACCCAUCCCGACCCAGAAGGUGCCCCUCAGCCCGCGAUAGAGAGGCCACCGUACUCCUACACAGCCAUGAUCCAGUUUGCCAUCAACAGCAGGAAGAACAGGGGGAUGACGCUGAAAGAAAUCUACACAUGGAUCGAGGACCACUUCCCGUAUUACAGAGAAGUGGCCAAACCGGGAUGGAAGAAUUCAAUCCGCCACAAUCUCUCUCUGCAUGACAUGUUCAUCCGCGAGCGCUCGCCGGAUGGCAAAACCUCCUUCUGGACCAUCCGGCCAGACAUCAACCGAUGCCUGACGCUCGAUCAGGUCUACAGGCCUUGUUGCGAUCCGGGGACCCUUUCUUCUCCUGUGCCAAUGCUCUCGUGCCCCCACCAACAAGAGAAGAAGAAUAUAGUUGCUGCGCGAAAAGCACCGGCUUCCUCUGAGAGGAGGAUGAAACCGCUUCUCCCCCGUACAGAUUCUUACUUGGUUCCCAUCCAGCUCCCCAUUGCCUCCCCUGCGUACCUGCCACCCUUGGCCGCCUCCUACGGCCCCGCUGCCUCCAAGCACAAGCAAAAUGUUUCACGGGCGACCAAGAGAGUCCGCAUAGCUCCCAAGGUGACGGAGAGCAGCGCCCCGGCCGUGGCUCCGCCCCCCCAGAAGGAGCCGAAGGUGGAGCCCGCCAGCGUUCCCGUAAAACGCGAGGCACGCAGGCCUCCGCCGAAGAGACAGUCCAGCGGCUCCCGCCGCAAGCAGAGUCUGGUGAACUCCCUGCAGGACGAGCCCAUCCUGCUCUGCCCCGACACCAGCUUCUUCGACUCCGGCGUGGCGUCCGACGCGUCCGCCUUCCAGGACGCGAGAGACGCCGACGUCACGGAGCCGCAGCACGGCGGCAGCCCCGAGCGGGAACUCUACUUCAAGACCCCGGUAAAAAGCCACAGCCACCUGAGCUCCUCCACCCCGAGCAAGCCUCCGCCCGACGUCGCACUCGAGCCCUGGAAAGAGACCCCCGCUGGAAAAGACGCCCAGAGCGUCCUGGACUUCAGUCCCAUCCGCACGCCAGGCGGGCCGGCGGUCACGCCCCGGCAGGACUACACCACCUUCAGCUUCAGCAGCACUCCCUUCAAAGAGCUGCCUCUGUUCAGCUCUCCCCGGGAGCUGCUCGGCACCGGCGCCAGGGGGCAGCCGUCGGACUCGCCCACCGAGCCGCUGCAGGCCGGAGCCGCCGGCGCCUCGCCGUCCAACCGCUCCGUCGCCGAGGGCCUCAUCCUGGACACCAUGAACGACAGCCUGAGCAAGAUACUGGUGGACAUCAGCUUCUCCGCCCUGGACGACGAAGACCUGGGGAUCGCCAACAUCAGCCUGUCCGAGUUUCUGGGUCAGUUCAUGUAGGCCGGCGGCUAAAAGAUGAACACUAAAGCACACCGGACCGACUCGGCAAAGCGGAGGAAACUGCGCCUCUGGUCCGUUUCUGAGGGAGGACUCGUUGGACUAACCGCUGCGUGGAUCAUGUGUGAAAUCCACCAGUUCACUCUUUGUCGUGUUUCCUAGUUUGUUUUUGUUUUUUAUACCAUGGCGGAGGUGUGCGGCCAAACUCCAAAUGUUUGUGUUUAGUUUAGUUCUGUCUGACUGUAAUUUAUUAAUCUUCCUCCAGUAUAAAUAAAAUAGUAUCUAGCAGAUCCCAGCUUCACACGAGGCUAGUAAAUGGAAAGUUUAAAAGCGCUUUAAGUGGCAAACAGCCUCAUUCAUCCUCCAUCAUAUUUGCCUGAUUGUUGACAUGGCUGCACCUGCUUUGUACCCCUUUUUUUAAUGCCGAUUCUUCCUGCCUUACUGCUUAAAUAUAUAUAUUUGAUCAAUGAGAGCUGUGUUUCAGUUUCAGCAGGCGGGUCACAUUAACAGCAUUAUUCACCUGUAUAGAUCUGUGUGGCUGCGACUUAUAAACUCUCCAUAAGCGUCACUU